CUCAGCCCCUCCAAACGGCAGUAACCGCUAUGUUAUCUGCGAUUGAAUGAGCUCUAAGGAAUCAAUUCAGUGUCAGAAGCCGCCGGUAAUCACACCAUUUCGCUGAAAGACAAUCCAUCAAGAAAUAGACUCGGGAUCCCAGCUCGGCGGCAGGAGCUCAAUCUUCGAAUAAUGCCAGGGAAGAAAAAAAGGGGCGGGGAGCUCCAACUCAAUCUAAAAGGUAAAGACAUGUGAAAUGGGGGGAUUGCCCAGGGCACGGAGCCUGAAUGUAGACGCGCCGCAAACGCUCCAGUGAUGCGGCUUACGCGCUCCCAGCCCUCGGACGCGUUCUUACGUUAUCGUUCAGAGUGCUUACGGAUUUUACAAAAAUACGGACUCUUAGUCAGACGGCUUCCCAAUGGGAUUUGGUGAGGGUCUGGAGGAGGGUUUCGCCUGCGAUCGGAAGAACAACACCACGAAAUUCAGAGCAGCAGACUACUCAGUGGCUCCUCGCGGCUCCGACCCGAUUGGCCCCUGACGAGCGACCCCCUCUGCUUGGCCGCGCCCGAACCCGUAAAGCCGGAGAGUUGUGAGGCAGCGGAGCUGUGCGGCAGUGUGACGGAGGGCUUGAGUUGCCGGCGAAUGAAAGGAGAAAGGGGAGGAGGACGAAGGCGAGAAGACAUGGUCUCGGUUUAGCAUUAUGGUGCAACCAGACGGCAGACAUGUUGCGAUUCAGCACUUGCUCAGUCAGCUCCCAUGCACUGGCAGACCGCAACCUGUUGACUGUUCCAGAGGUGGACAUCAGCCCAUGUCGGUAUGUCUUUCCACCCCCGGAGGCCGAGAGUUGGCAGAAGCACCGCCUGGAGCUGACCCAGGCCUCUCGCUCCUGCACCCUCCUCGAACCGGAGAGACUUGCUGACAACCUGCUGCCGCGCACCUCCAGCUUCAAUGCCGUCUAUGAACUGCGGGCUAAGGAGGCAGACACCAGGUUCCCUUUUGAGGGGUCCGUCUCUUUCGAUGCUUCCGGUUUGGGCUUGGAUGCAGAAAUGCCCAUCAGCCCUCACGUCAUCAAGAGGAGGCGCGGGGGGCUCAUUGAGCAAAAGGACAUCAUUAAAGCCCACGAAGCGCACAAGAUGCAGAGCACACCUCAAGCCAAACGAAAAGAGUGGGAAAUGGCUCGCUUUGGAGACGCGGUGCCCGGGAGACUCGGAUCCGGAGAUGGAGGUUCGGAGCGCAGCCGGAAUCGGCAGGGUGGCCCCGUCUCCUCAGGGGGAGUUUCGGCGGCUUUUAAACAAUCGAAAGCCCAAAGGGCCCGGACCAUGGCUCUCUACAACCCGAUCCCCGUCAGGCAAAACUGUUUCACUGUCAACAGAUCGCUAUUUAUUUUUGGAGAAGAUAACGUUGUCAGGAAGUACGCGAAGAAGAUCAUCGAGUGGCCUCCAUUUGAAUACAUGAUCCUGGCUACCAUCAUCGCCAACUGCAUCGUGCUGGCCCUGGAGCAGCACCUUCCUGGAGAAGACAAAACGCCCAUGUCCAAGCGGCUGGAGAAAACGGAGCCUUAUUUCAUUGGAAUCUUUUGCUUCGAAGCUGGAAUCAAAGUAAUCGCCCUGGGAUUCGUGUUUCACAAAGGCUCGUACCUGCGCAAUGGCUGGAACGUGAUGGACUUCAUUGUAGUCCUCAGCGGCAUCUUGGCAACAGCGGGCGCUCACAUCAACACACACGUGGACCUGCGCACCCUGCGAGCAGUUCGAGUCCUCCGGCCCCUCAAGCUGGUGUCUGGAAUACCGAGCCUGCAGAUCGUCCUGAAGUCCAUAAUGAAAGCCAUGGUGCCUCUUCUCCAGAUUGGUCUGCUCCUCUUCUUCGCCAUUCUCAUGUUUGCCAUCAUCGGCCUGGAGUUCUACAGUGGAAAGUUGCACAAAACCUGCUACAAGUUUGCCAACCUGACAGGGUCCGAUUAUCGGGAGCCAUACGAGACGGAGUACCCCUGUGGAGAGCGGAAGUGCCCCCCAAACUACGCGUGCGAAGAGCUCUGGAUCGGCCCCAACGAUGGGAUCACACAGUUUGACAACAUCCUGUUUGCCGUGCUAACCGUCUUCCAGUGCAUCACCAUGGAGGGGUGGACCACCGUUCUCUAUAACACCAACGAUGCCUUAGGCUCGACUUGGAACUGGCUCUACUUCAUCCCGCUCAUUAUUAUCGGCUCCUUUUUCGUUCUCAACCUGGUGCUGGGAGUUCUCUCAGGUGAAUUUGCCAAAGAAAGAGAGCGAGUGGAGAACCGCAGGGCCUUCAUGAAACUUCGAAGACAACAGCAGAUCGAGCGGGAGCUCAACGGCUAUCGAGCCUGGAUAGACCGAGCAGAGGAAGUUAUGCUGGCCGAAGAAAAUAAAAAUUCAGGCACAUCCGCGCUUGAUGUGCUCAGGAGGGCCACCAUCAAGAAGAGCCGCAUGGAGGCCAUUCAACGGGAGUCCAGUGAGGACCAGUAUGCUGAUAUCUCCUCUGUGGGGAUGCCCCUGUCAAGAGCCAGCAUUAAGAGCACCAAAGUGGAUGGCAGUUCCUACAUCCGACGGAAGGAGCGUUUUCUGCGGAUAUCCGUCCGUCACAUGGUCAAAUCCCAUGCCUUCUACUGGACGGUGUUGAGUUUGGUUGCCUUGAACACCCUCUGCGUUGCUAUUGUCCACCACAACCAGCCUUACUGGCUCUCCACUUUGCUUUAUUAUGCAGAAUUCAUCUUCUUGGGCCUCUUUCUCACCGAGAUGUUUUUGAAAAUGUAUGGCUUGGGACCGCGACUCUACUUCCACUCUUCCUUCAACUGCUUCGACUGUGGGGUGAUUGUGGGCAGUAUCUUCGAGGUGGUCUGGGGAUUCUUCCGACCAGGAAUGUCAUUUGGAAUAAGUGUUCUAAGAGCACUGCGGCUGCUGAGAAUAUUCAAGAUCACAAAGUACUGGGCUUCCUUGAGGAACCUGGUCGUGUCCCUGAUGAACUCCAUGAAGUCAAUCAUCAGCCUCCUCUUCCUGCUCUUCCUCUUCAUCGUCGUCUUUGCCUUACUGGGAAUGCAGCUGUUUGGUGGCAGGUUCAUUUUCGAUGAUUACACUCCGACCAACUUUGAUACUUUCCCCGCAGCGAUAAUGACAGUUUUUCAGAUUCUCACCGGCGAGGACUGGAACGAGGUGAUGUACAAUGGGAUCCGGUCUCAAGGGGGCGUGAAGUCUGGAAUGUGGUCCUCCGUCUACUUCAUUGUCCUCACACUCUUUGGAAACUAUACUCUUCUAAAUGUUUUCUUGGCCAUCGCUGUGGACAAUCUUGCAAAUGCUCAGGAGCUCACCAAGGAUGAACAGGAGGAAGAGGAAGCCUUCAACCAAAAGCAUGCCUUGCAAAAGGCAAAGGAGGUCAGCCCCAUGUCGGCCACCAACAUGAUGGCUUCCGAGAAAAAACCCUUUCUCUCUUUCCGAGAGUGUCCUAGGAAAAGGACAUUCCGCAGAAAUAGGCACAGCAUUAGUGUCGAAGCUGUCGGAAAUUUAGAAGCCCUCCACAACAGCCAAACACUCACUGCCCCUAACUAUUUUCUGUCCAGAAGGGAAAGGAGAAGGAGGCUAACCAUGUCAGUGUGGGAGCAGAGAACCAGCCAGUUGAGGCGUCAGAGGCAAAUGUCGAGCCGCGAGGCCCUUUACUCGAAACCAGUAGAUGAGCUAGACAGGGGUGCCAGCUACCAUCGUCACAGGAAGCUAGGGGCAAACGAGAGCCUGCGUCGGCCUACCGAACCCCGGCCGCAAGAAGCGGAGGGGCAGCAAGAGAAGAAGGACAACCGAGGGGUGAACAAUCACUCUCAGGGUGGGAAAGAAGAGAGACAAAGCCCUAGGGCUAAUGGUGAGCGAGGCCACCGGUCUACUAGAAGGUCACGAGGUCCUCUGCCAGAAGGCUUGACCCCAGAGGAAGGGGCAAGACUAAGACACGGCAGCAAACACCACCACCGGGAGCGCCCAGAGGACAAAGCAAAGGACUCCUCUCACAGCGAGGACAGCCGCUCCGUGAGCAGGGAGAGGCAGGUGGAUGAAGUGGAGAAGGAAGUGACAGAGCCUGAGAGUCAAGGGGACAAGCCAGAGCCCGAGGGCGAGUCGAGGAUGAACGAAGGUGUGCCGCUCUUUAGUGAGUCAAGGCCGGUGAUGAGCUUGCCAAAAGUGACAGAAGAAGAGAAUCCUGAGACCCUCUCAGACACCAAAGCUCCUCUCCAGAUGCCAGAAGAACAAACUAGUCAACAGGCCGGCUCCCAGGGCACAGGAGGCACAAGCGAACCUGGCAAUGCCCCCUGCUUGCUCAACCUUGAGAAACCCCCAGUUCAGACCAGUAUUGUAAUUGAGGUCGGCGAUCUGAGAAACCCCCUGGAGUUGAGCCCAAUGACAGCCAACAGCAAGAACACGGAAGCUUCCAGUGACACAAAGCAAGAGGAGGGUCUGAGCGGGCCGAAGUCGACAGCAAAUCAGAGCAUGUUCCUGUUCAGCACUACGAAUCCAAUCAGAAGAGCCUGCCAUUAUGUGGUGAAUCUGCGCUACUUUGAGAUGUGCAUCCUGCUGGUGAUUGCGGCGAGCAGCAUAGCGCUAGCAGCAGAGGACCCGGUGGCCACCAACUCAGACUGGAACAAAGUACUACGCUACUUUGAUUAUGUUUUCACUGGGGUCUUCACAUUUGAAAUGAUCAUUAAGAUGAUUGAUCAGGGCCUGAUCCUUCAUGAAGGGUCAUACUUCCGAGACCUUUGGAAUAUCCUGGACUUCAUUGUCGUGGUGGGAGCAUUGAUUGCCUUUGCACUAGCGAAUGUGAUGGGGACCAACAAAGGCCGAGACAUCAAAACCAUCAAGUCCCUCCGUGUCCUGAGAGUCCUAAGGCCCCUCAAGACCAUAAAGCGACUACCAAAACUGAAGGCCGUAUUUGACUGCGUUGUGACUUCACUAAAGAACGUCUUCAACAUCCUCAUCGUCUACAAGCUCUUCAUGUUCAUCUUUGCCGUCAUCGCCGUCCAGCUGUUUAAGGGGAAGUUCUUCUACUGCACGGACGGCUCCAAGGACACAGAAAAGGAAUGCUUGGGUUACUACAUUGACUAUGAAAAGGACAAAGACAAAGUGAAGAAGAGAGAGUGGAAGCGACAUGAUUUCCACUACGACAACAUCAUCUGGGCCCUUCUUACUCUGUUCACCGUCUCCACCGGGGAAGGCUGGCCACAGGUCCUGCAGCACUCAGUAGAUGUCACAGAGGAAGACAGAGGCCCAAGCCGAGGGAACCGCAUGGAGAUGUCCAUUUUCUAUGUUGUCUAUUUUGUGGUUUUUCCAUUCUUCUUUGUCAAUAUCUUUGUGGCUUUAAUCAUCAUCACAUUCCAGGAACAAGGUGACAAGAUGAUGGAGGAGUGUAGUCUGGAGAAGAAUGAGAGAGCCUGCAUCGACUUUGCCAUCAGUGCCAAGCCUCUAACUCGUUACAUGCCCCAGAACAGACACACUUUCCAGUAUCGAGUCUGGCACUUUGUCGUGUCACCCUCCUUCGAGUAUACUGUGUUGGCCAUGAUAGCUCUGAACACUGUUGUCUUGAUGAUGAAGUACUAUUCUGCUCCAACAGCCUACGACACGGCACUUCGACACCUGAACACUGCCUUCACUGUGCUCUUCUCCUUGGAGUGUAUCCUGAAGAUCAUAGCUUUUGGAUUUCUGAAUUACUUCCGGGACACAUGGAACAUAUUUGAUUUCAUCACAGUCAUUGGUAGCAUCACAGAGAUCAUCCUGACAGACACCAAGCUCUCUAGAAAAUUCAACAUGAGUUUCCUGAAACUCUUCCGUGCUGCUCGGCUCAUCAAGCUGCUCCGCCAAGGCUACACAAUUCGCAUACUGUUGUGGACCUUUGUCCAGUCUUUUAAGGCUCUCCCUUAUGUCUGCCUUCUCAUUGCAAUGCUCUUCUUCAUUUAUGCCAUCAUCGGAAUGCAGGUGUUUGGCAACAUUGAAUUGAAAAAUGGGUCCCAGAUAAACCGGCACAACAACUUCCGGACUUUCACCAGUGCACUAAUGUUGUUGUUCAGAAGUGCCACAGGGGAAUCAUGGCAGGAGAUCAUGCUGUCCUGUUUGGGCGGCCAGUCGUGCGAGAGGGACAUGUCUGCUGCCAUCUCCAAUAAUUCUCUGACGUCUCCCAAUGAGUCGUGCGGCACUGACUUUGCUUACUUCUACUUUGUCUCCUUCAUCUUCUUCAGCUCCUUCCUGAUGCUGAACCUGUUUGUAGCUGUAAUCAUGGAUAACUUUGAGUACCUGACAAGAGACUCUUCCAUUCUGGGGCCGCACCAUCUCGAUGAAUUUGUGCGCAUAUGGGCGGAAUACGACCAGGCGGCAUGCGGCCGUAUUCAUUACACUGACAUGUAUGAGAUGCUGACCCACAUGUCUCCGCCGCUAGGCCUCGGAAAGAAAUGUCCUUCCAAAGUGGCUUAUAAGAGGCUGGUGCUGAUGAACAUGCCUGUCGAUGAAGAAAUGUCGGUGCACUUCACCUCCACACUCAUGGCACUAAUAAGAACAGCCCUGGACAUCAAAAUUGCAAAAGGUGGUGAGGACAGACAGCAGUUUGAUGCCGAACUGCAAAAAGAAAUCAGCUUGAUUUGGCCCCAUCUGUCGCAGAAGUCACUGGACCUGCUUGUUCCGAUUCACAAAGCCAGCGACCUAACAAUUGGCAAAAUCUACGCAGCCAUGAUGAUCAUGGACUACUACAAGCAGAGCAAAGCCAAAAAGCUAAGGCAGCAGCUGGAGGAGCAGAAACACGCCCCAAUGUUCCAGCGCAUGGAUGCAUCUUCCCUGCCUCAAGAGAUCCUCUCCAGCGCCAAAGCACUGCCAUUCCUGCCGCAUAGCGCUGGCUCGGGAUUCAGCAGAGGAGGAUUUGUCGCCUUGAGCCCCAUCUCGCCUCAGGAGAUGUUCAUGCAGCCUCAGUCGCCAGACCUGUGUGGGACGGAGUUUGGUGAGCAGCAGCCAAUGGUGACAGAGAGAAGGCAUUUUAAUAGGCCGCUGUGCCCUAAUAAUAGACAAUGUUUCCCUCUUGAAGUGCCGGGACGGGCAGUUUCAAUACGAGCCUCAUCUAUGCCGCGUCUGACAGUAGAACCGCAAGUGGUCACAGACAGUGGUCUGAUGAAACGCUCCUUCUCCACCAUUGGGGAUCAGCGGGUCAAUGGCCUGUGGCUGGAGGAGUACUCCCUGGAGAGGGCUGGCCCAGACGAGUUCUACAGACAACGACGGAGGAGCUACCGGGCACCUGGUUUAAAGCCUGACCACCACCAGGCUGGAGACCGGGAAAGAGGACGGUCUAAAGAAAGGAAGCAUCUUCUGUCCCCAGACGUGUCUCGCUGUAACUCAGAAGAGCGCAGCCCACAGAGAUCUCAUCGGUCCAGGGAGCGCCAGCAGUCAAGAUCCCCCAGUGAAGGAGGAUCUCCCAGCCCACAACGUCAGGGCAACAGUUCAGACAGCCCAGUCCAUUCAACUUCGGAAAGCAGCACUCCACUGCGUGGACGACGACAGCUGCCACAGACCCCCUCUAAACCACGGCCCCACAUCUCGUAUUCUCCACUUGUGCGCCGCUCCACAAACACCUCUCCUCCAGCAAAUGGAAACACCCCAAGGACCAGAGAUUCAGAAGAUACAGCAGAGUCAGGUGACCAGUCGUGGAAUGAGACCGCCCUGUCAGGGCAAAGUUCCAGCCAUCGCUCUACCCCUCAUCGCUACAUCUCAGAGCCUUACCUGCCUCUUCAUGAGGACUACAACAGCCCAGACUCAGCUGGAACAGAGGAGACCCUGACCUUUGAGGCUGCAGUGGCAUCAAGUUUUGGACGUUCAAACACCAUCAGCUCUGCUCCUCCUCUCAGACACAGUUGGCAAGUCCCAAACGGGCAUUUCCGAAACCGCCUGGCCCAAUCCAGCUCCGUGGCCGGCUGUGAGCUUUUUGCUGAUACGGAUGAGGAUGACCGCUGCUAAGGAGUCUUUGAUUUGGACGACCAAAACAAGAAGGAUUUUGUUGUUGAAAAGAGGAAAAACAGCUGCAGUCCUAACGCCCUACAACAUUUUUGAAGUCCUGCAUUGGGAGUGUAAACAUUUCUAAAGAGUUGUGGAGUCCGGGAACUGGAACUCUAAAAGUGAUACACCACUAUGAAAUAUAAAAUAAGAGGGAAAAGGUAAAGAACUGCAUGUAGAUGAAUGCUUUAUGAUUAUAUUUCUUACUUAUUAAAUGAAGGCCAAAAUUAUUGUGUCUACUUCAGACAAAUCAAAAGGUACAAGAAGUACCAGCUGGAUUAUGAAGAAAAAUAAGCAUUCCAUGUAUUACGCAAAAAAAAAAGAAUAUUAAUAUAAGAAAAUAAAAGUGGGGUGGGGGAUGCAUGUAAUGUGGUGAAGGUGGGAAAUGAGAUAUCCUCAGUACCAACCUGCCUAAAGACUGUUGUACACUAAUAAUGUCCAUUCAUGAAGGUGGGAUUUGCAAAACAGUCCAAACGAGCCACACUGACGAUGUCACGGUAGAUGAAACGUGAUGUAUGUAACACCAAAACUAGUCUGACGCACCAAGAUGUUCAAUCGUUGUGAUGACUCAGGCUGCGCAAGAGUAUUUUAGUGGUCUUCGGGAAGAUUUGGGCACACGGGAGGUGGGCAAACCUCUGUCGGAAUCUCAUGUUGUCCUUGGUCUACCCUUGAUAGCCUCACCUAUCCAUUAAGAAAAUUCUUCCCAGGUAGAGUUUCAGUUGGUAUGUCACAGUAACUCAUCAUAUGUACCACAGCCUUCCCCAAAAGCGGGCAAUGUUGACCUAAGAGGUAUAAAAAUGUUGCUGCCUAAAAUUGCCUUUUACACAAAAAGUGCACAACCCAACAUGGCAAAAUGUUUCUUUAAAGUGCUAUCAUUUUAGGAGACGACAUGCUCAUUGAUGAAAUGUUUGAAAACCGAAUCAACUGACACAGCCAAAAAUUCAUUUUGUCUCUUCGAGCCUGCCGUGAUUCAAGGUAGGAUUGUUUACACAGACCACCCCGAAGGCUGGAACGCUCAGUUGUUGUCCGCAUGGACAUUUUUGGGGUUCACGAAGUGUUUAACAAAUGCUGUUAGAGACGGCCUACCUGACAGAUUACGACAGAAAAGUAUGGAUAAAACAAGCACGGGGAGUUGUUCAGCCCCACAAUUACACCGUAAAUCAUGGCUUCGAAUAACAUUUCGAGUUAAAUGCCAAGCCAUUUUUUUAUACUACACAAACUAGUAUUUUGUUUGGCUUCUAAGAGAGAAUUUUAAUUUGGGGCUCAAAAAUGCUUAUCACUCCAUUUGAAAUCACACAGUUCAGGGGCCAAACAUGAGUAACAUGUCGUUUGUACCUCUAAACCACUAGGGAAAGGUCUGAUGCAACAAGGAUGCUUACCUCCAGGGCAAUAAGAAAUGAUGGGUCAUUAGCCAAGUGUGCGUUAUCUAGAAGUUUCUCUCUCUUUUUCUUUUUCGGAUUUUCAGCAUCACAGGGUGAUGACGUUCCUACAUAAACAUCCCAUGUGCUCAGCAUGAAGUUUAGUUUUUGCUUCAUUGUGUGCACCCAUAGUUGCUGUACUGGCACAAGCUACUGUGUCAGACAGAACUUGACCAACAAUAAGGUCAGCAGAGAUCAAAACUAUCAUCCUACUUGUACAGGGCUAACACAACGUGAACAAAAAUAACACCAAAAAUAAUCAAGUAUACAGAAUAAUGCUUGUACUUGACUUUUUUCAGACAGAUCUUUUAAAAAAUGUGAUUAUACACUGACCAAAAUGCAUAUCAGAAAAUAGAAUUUGUACAUUUCUUUUGCUUUGUUUUUUGAAGUUGGGCAAAUCUUUUUUGCUGUCAAAUAUUGUUUCUGUGUAGUUUGUGUUUUAGAUGCACGGUGAUAAGAAAUGAAGACGGGAGUUUGGAAUUCCUAAAAGCAGGAAGCCUCAGUCUUAGGUUUGGGACAGACAGACCCAUAAAUCUAUAAAAGAAGGCAAAAUGUUAUUAUUAGUGCAUGCGACAAAGCAUCCUUCGGAUAACAAUUAAGUCAACUGGAAAAACAUCCUCUCAGUCAAAAGAAACGGUUAGCUGAAUGGCCAAUAUGGGCAAGAAAUGGUAAUAUUUAAUUUGAUAUAGAAGGUAAAACUUUAAUUUAGUCACUGCCUAUAAUGUAUCUAUCAGUUGCAUAAUGUUACGUAACAAGACAUUAACAAAUGUUUCAGUUGUUCAUGAUAACAUAAACAUCAGCAAAGUGGCUAUUUAUCUCUACUUGAUUUGGCCCAACCAGGAGAUGAUACAGUCCCCUCCAUACGGUUUACGACAAAGACACAUUUUUCCUUUUUUUCCCCCUCUGUGCCACAGCUUAAAAUUACAAAUCAAACCAUUCAGACGUGAUUAAAGUGCACAUUGCAAAGGUUCAUUUAAGAGGAUUUGCAUACAUUUCAGUCAUUUUUUCUGUAUGGUCCUCCUAUUUCAGGGCACAAUAACAUUAGAACACUCUAGACGAGAACAGGCCAUUCAGCCCAACAAAGCUCGCCAGUCCUAUCCACUUAUUUCCUCCAAGAAAGUCGAGUUUUGAUAACGUUUGGAACAAAGCAAUACCGCUUCUAUUGAAGCCUGCAAAUUUACAACUUUGUGGCCUUUUUUGCACAGCUUAGAAUUCAUUAUGUCAGUACAGUCAGCAGUUCCAUCACCAACGAAGAGAAGUGUCACAGUACCUGCAGCAGCCAUAUAUGUCAAUACCAUGACACCUCCACCCCCACCAUGUCUAACAGAGGAGGUGGUCUGCUUUGGAUCUUGGGCAGCUCCUUGUUGUCUCCACAUUUGCUCUUACCAUCACUCUGAUGCAGGUUCAUCUUUGUCUACUCUGUCCACAAGACCUUUUCCCAGAUCUCUGCAGGCUCUUAUAAGUCCUUUUUUGCUAACUGCAAUCCAGCCAGCCUGUUUUUGUAGCUAACAAGUGGUAUGCAUCUUGCAGUGUGGCCUCUGCAUUUCUGUUCAUACAGUCCUCUGCGGUUAGUCAUCUCUGACAUGUCCACAUCAGCUUCCUGAAGACUGUUUCUGAUCUGUCAGACAGGCUUUUGAGGCUUUUUCUUGACCAUAGUGAGGUUUC